AUGACAGAAAUGGAUUUUGAUUUGGAGCAAAUACAAAAAUAUGAGUUGCCAGAUUUUGAGACUGCGUUACUAUUCAGUAUAGUUGCUAAAAAGAACUUCCUUGUGCUGUUUGAUGCAGAGCAGAGAAAGCUCAACGAUGAAAUUUCCAAUGAGGAGCUAAUUCAGAAGUCUGUGGGAGAUGUGAUGCAGAAACGGACAGAUUUCAAAAUCAACUUCAAAUAUCAAUGCAUUAACCAUGUAACUGAUGAGAUGAUCAGCGAGAUACAAAAAUGUGAGCUCGACGACUACAAAAACUUAGAGACAAUGGAACACGUCGAUGAGAAAGGCGAUAGAUCUGCUAAUAUCGCUGGAGUUGACCAGAAUGUAACUAUAGAGUUUUACCUCGUGGAAGACAUCGAUAGACAGUCGCUGGCUGACUAUUACCAGCUGGGACGUCUAAUGAGAGAGGGAUAUAUCUUUAAUGUGCAACACAAUGGUAUAGCGAACAACAAGAAGUAUUGGAAACUUUUCAUUGGGACUGUAGCAUGGAAACGAGAUGAAUAUAUAAUACCUGAUGAUAUACUACAGUUGGGUGCCGCGGAUAAGAAGUAUUCACAUAAACAUGGCCAAUCUUUCAAGCUGAAAUCGUUUUCAACUGGGUUUGAGGACUGGAUACGACACAAAUUCUGGCUUGUCACGACAUUAGCCAUGCCAAAUAUCAAGCCUACUAUAGAGGUCCAAGCUGCGGAUGAUACUGCUAGUUUUAGCUCUGUUGUAAUAACUAAGGAUGAAGCAAAGGAAGAAGAAGCCAUAACCGGCUCAAGCGAUGGUGCCGAGAAAAUAAUAAGUGGUGAUUACAAGAAUUACGAUAACAUACACAUUCAAGCAUCUCUGCGUAGGUAUAUUUUGGAUAUUAUGGUUCAUAUACGUACGCAUAGACUAACAUUUAAUGCCAGGGGCGGUGGCAUACACAAGAACUGUUACUCCAAUAUGAUAACAUUGUCGAAGAUAAUAUGCAUAAAAGACCACAAGAGCUUUGUAGUACCGCAGCAUGUGCGUCUUGCGGCUAUGUGGUUCUUACCCUUACAGUUAAGUGUAAUAGAUGACUCACUUAAGGACAACUCCAUUCUUUAUGGUAGCAAGCCAGAACUAGUCAGGGAGCUAAUGAAGCGGGUGGUAUAUGUUCGGAACAAGCAGAUAAUAGAUAUGGAUAACCCGCUUUUCAUGGAGGCACUUAUUGUAAAAAGUGCUCUCAAGAAGAUAGUUCCACCUGUAUAG